CUCUAUUGCCAGUAAUCUCAACAAAAAUAGCAAAAAUUUGAACAAACUUAAUAUAAGCAUAUAUAGAGUUGAUUUACCAUGGAAAGGCCGAACAAGAACAAGCGGGUCGUGCGCGAUGAAAAACAACGGGAGCUAAAGCUUGAGGAUGUGGUGCUGAGAUCCUUAGACGAAUGCACCACAAAUGAGGACAAAUUGAAAGUGCUAUUGCAGCGGCACGUGGAGAGCGAAAAAACAGUGACCCGGCUCACCGCCGAGAUGCGUGCGCUACAGCGGCAUAUGGAGUGCCAACAACGGGAGAAGGAGCAGGUGCAGCGGGAGCUUAACAAGAGCGUUCUCAUGAGGGAUAAGCUGCAAGAGGUGUGCCGGGAGCAGCAGCGCAUACUUAAGUCUGUGAAAAACGAGAGUAUGCUGCAAAUCAAGGUCGAGGAGGAACGACGCAAGGAGAGUCAAACGAAAUUUCAGAGUUCGUUAAACGAGGUGCAAAAGUCGCUGUCCAAAAACAACGAGGAGAACGUUAAAUUACGUGAUUACAACAUCGAAAUGACCAAAAAAUUGAAACUUUUAGCUGAACAAUAUCAGGCACGUGAGAAGCACUUGGAAAAGCUGAACGAGCAAGUCCAGCUCGAGUCUCAGCUGCAUCAGGCGAAGCUCAGCAAGGCUCAGGUUGAAGCUGCUAUGGAAAAAGAAAUACUAACCAAAGAGAAUCAGAUUGGUCUGGAGAAAUUGUUGCAGGCACAGCGCUCGAUCAAGGAUCUAACGGAACGGGAGCAACAGCUCAAAGAGCAACUUAAUAUCUACACGGCGAAAUACGAUGAGUUUCAGCAAUCGCUUAAGAAAUCCAAUGAAGUCUUUGGCAGUUACAAGAUCGAGCUAGAGAAAAUGUCCAAGCACACCAAGAAAAUUGAGAAGGAAGCACUGGGCUGGCGCCAAAAGUAUGAGAAAGCGAACGGAAUGGUCAUUGAAUUGGCCACCGAAAAACAACAACGAGACCAGCAGGCGGAACGCCUACAAAAACAGGUGGAUCAGCUGCAGAAGCUACUGCGCGCACUGCAACUAGAGCGUACAACACUUCACCAGACUCUUCGUGAGAAUCAAAUUCCGAUUCCUGCUAUGCCACAGCUGCCGCCCGAGCCAGAGCCCAUUAAAGUCGUGCCCAUCAACACGGACAGUGCCAAAAUGGAGCUGAUGACUCGCAACUGUGCUGAACUGAAGCAGACCCUGGCCAACUUGCAGAAUCAAAUGAAGCUGCUUACCACAAAUGAUGCGAAAAUAGCCGAAGCAGAAAGGAAACAAGCCGCCGAAGAGCAACAGAGGGCAAACAAUAUCAAGAAGAACAAUAAGAAAAAGGCCAAGUCAAAGGCUAAAGCUGCAGCAGCGGCUGCGGCAGCGGCGGCUGCUACCGACGGGGAAGCGGAUACUCCCAGGCCUGAACGGCCAACAGAUGCAGAUGCACAAGCACAAGCUGAGGCAGUGCCUGAGCCUAAGGCUGAGCCCGAGCUGGAGCCAGAGGCAGAGGUUGAGGCCGAGGGCGAGGCUGACGCCGACGCGGAGGCAGCAGAGUGUGAAAUUGUAGAAUCUGACAAUGUGGAGCAUCCCAAAUCUUCUGAAGCUUCUGAAGGGAACUGCAGUGCAAACGAUUAUGAUGCCGGAAAAGUGCCAGAAUCUCAGCAAGCGUCUGUUGACCAAUCGGAAGUGCCUGCACUGAUUGAUGCCAAGUAGGAUCGGGGGCUCGACAUAAAUGCGCCUCCCUCCUCGACUGUCAAUGUGCUUGUGCUUGAAAUUAUUGCAACCUUCUUGUAUAUGUGCAUUUUGAUGUAUUCAUUUUUACAAAUAUUUAUGUACUUUAACCAAACCAAUGUAAAACCACCAGCGGAAUAGAAAGAAGGAAAGAAAA